AAACGCACAAGCGCGUGAUUCGAUAUCGGCGAAAGUCAGAAGAGAGGGUAAGUGGGUAAAAGAGCAAAGAGAUAGUAAGGGUACAUCGGUCUUUUCGAAGUUCACUAGCCAGCUCCCCGGGAACGCACAGCCAUGGCGGUUCUUUAACCGCACCACAUCAAUUACGUUUCCGUUUGGUUGCUGAGAGACUGAAAGAAAGUUCAAAACUUUGAGUAGGCGUUACAAUCUCUUGUUCGGUAUAGAGGAAUUACUCGUUUGAGAAGUUAUAAUCGAGUUGUUUGAUCAAUGGAAACAGCUGAGAAAUCUCAAGAAACUGUCUCCAAUGAAACACCAAAAUUGGCUGGAACUGUGAACUGGGGCACGGCAACAGUCAUUGGUGUGUUUGCAGGCAUGUUAUAUGGUGGUAGCAAGGAGGCAGCUGCAUCAGUUAGUAAGGAUGCAGAAGUAAUGUUGAAGCUUGGGAGCACUCCGGACAAGCGAGAGCAGUACCGAUUGAUGAGAGAUGCAAUGGAGAAGAGGUUUAUCAGAGUCACUCGUGGUUCAAUAGUUGGUGGAGUGCGUCUUGGAAUGUUCACUGCUGCAUUUUAUGGUUUACAAAAUCUACUGGCUGAGAAACGGGGUAUUCAUGAUGUUUUCAAUAUUGUAGGUGCUGGUUCUGCGACUGCCGCUACAUUUGGUGUAAUUUUGCCUGGAUCUCUUCGAUGGCGUGUAAGAAAUGUGCUACUUGGAUCAGUUAUGGGUGCAGCGUUCUGUUUUCCUCUUGGUUGGAUCCAACUGAAGCUUAUAGAGAAAGCAAACAAGGAAAAUCCUGAUUCAGGUACAAUGGGAGAAGGAAAGAGUGGUGUUGGUGCUGCAAUUGAGAGGCUCGAGGGAAACUUAAAAGCUGAGUAGAUACAAAUACUUUGUUGGCAUGACCUCAUUGGUGUCCCAGUGGGAGGUUGUCAGUUUCAAGAGAAGAAAUUCUUUCGGGUAUCAAACAAGAUGGACUACCUUUGCCACACACCUGAUUCUUUUUCCUCUCUAGAUAAGAGUUGAAUUUAGCUAUACUUAAGAAAUUCUUGUAGGUUCUUUCUUGAGCAUUUUUAAAUCUUUCAUUCAUAGGAAAACAAUAUUUAGCUUUAGCAUCUAACGGGUGAAUUUUCUAGGGAAUCUUACUUUCGCAAAACGAAUGCCUAGCUGAUGUUUUUGGAUGUGUUUGGUAGAAUACAAAUUGAAAUGGCAACUGAAAGGGCAAAAUAAUUAUUUUGAAUGUGAUAAUAUAUAAUUUAUGGUUUAACUGAGAA